AUGGAAGGGAACUUGACCGCCAUGCUCAGGCCACAGUACUCGACCCCGGCGACUGUUGUUUCGCAGCCCAUCACUGGUCAAACCGAGAUCAACUUCACUCUCGCCACCACGUCCCAAUCCACCCUCCUGCCAAUGAUCAACGCCCUCGAGAUUUUCAACACUAAUGAUCUACCGAUCUCUCAGACGGCACUCAAUGAUGGACAAAUAGCAGUCAACGUGACUGUCGACAUAAAGAAAACAUUUGCAAUUGUACGAGAUAGCUGGCAAGGCGAUCCAUGCGCUCGUCAAGAUUAUUUGUGGAAAGGAUUGAGUUGCAAUUAUGGUAGUCCUCUGAGGAUCACCUCAUUGAAUUUGAGCUCCAGCUUGUUGAAAGGGGGUGUAUCCGAUUCCUUUUCCAAUCUCACGGCUUUGGCCAUCUUAAACUUAAGCGAAAACAGUGUAAGCGGUGCAAUUCCUCAAGCCCUUAUGAAGGAGGUGGCUGAUGGAACGUUGAAGUUGAGAGAACUUGUUCAAUAUUACAAUGUAGAAGGAAAUCCAUAUAUAUCUCAAGUAUAUGUGUCCGAGCGAGAUCCCAGUCCUGGCGCAAAGGGCCAAACAGAGAACAAGAAAAAAUGGAUUGUGCCGGUUAUUGUAUCUGUUAACGCAAGCGAGCCAAAUGAGGGUGCAUUCAAAAUGAUAAAGAAACGACUAUUUCGAUACGACGAAGUCCUGCGCCUCACUGAGAACUUUAAGGUAGUGAUCGGAGGAGGAGGAUUUGGGAAAUUCUAUCUUGGAACUCUUGAUGAUGGCUCCAAAGUUGAGGUUAAAAUGCUCUGCCAGUCUUCACGGCAAGAAGAUAUUGUGAAUCUCUUGAGCUGGUCACAAAGAUUGAACAUUGCAAUCGAUGCUGCUCAAGGUUUAGAGUAUCUGCAUUAUGGUUGCAAACCGCCUAUUAUCCAUAGAGAUCUUAAAACAUCAAAUAUCUUAUUGAACGAGCACAUGCAAGCGAAGAUAGCAGAUUUCGGGCUACCAAAGCUUUCGCAACCGAUCAGGACUGUUACGUUUCAACUAGCCCAGCUGGCAAGCCAGCUUGGGCUAAAUUUGUGCCUAUUAGGCUCCACAAGGCACUACCCUAAGAAUAAGUUGGAAGAGCGAGGUGUACAACUUUGGGAUCAUACUGCUCUAGCUCAUUACUGGCCGACUGGCCAUCAUAAGGAGCCUGAAGAGCAGCACCCGCAUCAUCCAAUGGAUGACUCCUCUCAUAGAACAAGGGGAUCUAUACAGCAUUGUGGACCAGAGGCUCCAAGGCCAGUUCAACACUGCAUCGGCGUGGAAAGCAGUGGAGACAGCAAUGUCCUGCAUGAGUAA